AUGCAGAAUGUUCUAGUGUCAAAGCGCCCUCCAUCUACGUGGCCAGCAAGGUCUUAUCUUUACGAUUUUCCAACAAUAUUUAUAUUAAAGAUUUUGGUGUAUUUGAAACAGGUAAUUGGGCCGAUCGACCUAUCACUGGACGGACCUGUAAAAGACUAUCUGCUACCAAACGACACUUCGCUAAAUGGGCAUAUAGUUCCUCCAUUCAAACUGACACAAUCUGAGGAUUGGAAUCCUAAUAAUUAUACGUGUGGUGCAUUGUAUCAUUUAAAUCCAUUUUUAUGCUGCGUCAUGGGCGACACGAAGUACGUGAAUGUCCAAAACUUUCAGAAUCACACAAAUUGUUUUAGGAAAAACUGGGAUUUAUUCAAUCACUGCAUACAUCGUUCUACAAUAACACUUCCUUCUUGUAUUGGAGUAAAAAGAAAGGCUGAACAAUGUGACCAAAUGUAA